UUUAACAUAUAUUGGGAAAAAAAAAAAUUGAUAAUGUCUUUUCUUCCACUGUUAUAUACACUAUGAGGUUUGAUCAUUCAUUUUUGAACAUUGGACAGCAAAACAAAAAUGGUGUAUCUUUAUCCGAGGGUAAAGUGUAUUUUCAAAAAAAAAAAAAAUACUGACUCAUUUACACUGUUACGUCAACCGAGUUAUAGCAUUUCUCCUGGUAUUAACAUCAAUGAUUUUGGCUUUCUUUUGUCCUUUUGACUGUGCUGGACUUUUAAAGCUCAAUGUGAAGUUAUCCCAUGUGCUUCCUCUUCAAUGGGCCAAAUAGGCUACUCAAACUUUGUAAAGCAAGUCAAUGAUUUGACAGUCCAACAAAUCCUGGUUUGGUGACCGACUUGUUCAACUCCAAUAUGUGGAUCUACUCUUUAAUAUUCUGGUGUUGUCUUUUCUUUAAUUAAUUUUCAGAACACUCACUAAAUGAAUAGAUAGGGAUUGGCCGAAUUGCAGUCAAUGAGAGAGGGCCUGGAUCUACAUGCUCGAAUAAGUGAACCCCACACUUCGGGCAUAUGGAUCCCAUUGGGGCCUUGUUACCUGGUUGGCUGCAAUUCGGUCAAUCUCAUCUCCAUGCUCGAGUAAGUGAACCCCACACUUCGAGCAUAGAACUUAUUGGGGCCUUUCUUAUUAGCUGUCCUGGUUGGCUGCAAUUAGCUCAAUCCCAUCUCCAUGCUCGAUUAAGUGAACCCCACACUUUGAGCAUAUUGAUCCUAUUGGGGCCUUUCUUAUUAGCUGCCCUGGUUGGCUGCAAUUCGGCCAAUCCCAUCCCCAUGCUCAAGUAAGUAAACCCCACACUUCGAGCAUAUGGAUCCCAUUGGGGCCUUUCUUAUUAGCUGCCCUGGUUGGCUGCAAUUCGGCCAAUCCCAUCUUCAUGCUCAAAUAAGUGAACCGCACACUUCGAGCAUAUGGAUUCCAUUGGGGCCUUUCUCAUUAGCUGCCCUGGUUUGCUGCAAUUCAGUCAAUCCCAUCUCCAUGCUUAAGUAAGUGAACCCCACACUUCGACCAAAUGGAUGCCAUUGGGCCUUUCUUAUUAGCUGCUCUGGUUAGUGCAAUUCGGUCAACCCCAUCCCCAUGCUUGAGUAAGUAAACCCCACACUUCGACCAAAUGGAUGCCAUUGGGGCCUUUCUUCUUAACUGCACUGGUUGCAAUUCGGUCAAUCCCCAUCAUAAAUGAAUGGUUAAUAAAUCAUGGGGUGAGCACUUCAUUGUUGGAGAACAUAAAAUUAGACAUUCAAGCAUUUUUUAAGCUGCCGAUGGAGGAGAAGAAGAAAUACUGGCAAAAACCAGGAGAAUUGGAAGGGUUUGGGCAGGCCUUUGUUGUGUCCGAUGAGCAAAAACUUGACUGGGGAGACUUGUUCGCUCUUAUCACCCUUCCAACCCAUUUGAGGAAGCCCCGCUUGUUUCCCAAGCUUCCCCUCCCAUUUAGAGAUAACUUAGAAGCCUACUCAGCAGCACUUCAAAAGCUUUCCAUGAAAAUCCUUGAACUUAUGGAAAAAGCUCUAAGAAUGGAAAAUAAUGAGAUGAAGAACCUGUUUGAAGAUGGGUGGCAGACAAUUAGGAUGAACUACUACCCUCCAUGUCCGCAACCGGAGCUUGUCAUCGGCCUCAACGCUCACUCUGACCGCGUUGGCCUAACAAUCCUCCUCCAACUCAAUGAAAUGGAAGGCCUCCAGAUAAGAAAAGAUGGGAUGUGGAUUCCUGUCAUACCCCUCCCUAAUGCUUUUGUUGUCAACAUUGGAGACAUUUUAGAGAUUGUGACCAAUGGAAUAUAUCGUAGCAUUGAGCAUCGAGCGACUGUAAACUCAGUAAAGGAAAGGCUUUCUAUGGCCACAUUUUACAAUCCAAAAGCCGAAGGAGAUUUGGGUCCAGCCCCAAGCUUUAUUACUCCAGAAUCACCAGCAUUAUUCCAAAGAAUAGGUGCUGCAGAAUACUUCAGGAAAGUUUCCUCAAGCAAGCUCAAUGGGAAGGCGUACAUUGAUGCAUUGAGGAUCCAAAAUGAGGAACAGAGAGGCUCUUGAGACUAACAUUGAGUAUUCUACUUUCUAUAAGGAAAUAAAUGUCAUGAAAACUACUGUGUAAAGAGUGCUUGUGGCUCAUAUGCUCAAUAAACGAACACAUAUUCAUGACAAAAUUAAUGCUUGUUUUGCUUAACAGAUCACUUAUGAUUCCAUAGUGAAAA